CCAUGGCUUUAAAAGGACAAGAAGAUUAUAUUUAUCUUUUCAAAGAUUCUGCACAUCCGGUGGAUUUUCUUGAUGCAUUCAGAACAUUUUACUUGGAUGGAUUAUUUACUGAUAUUACCCUUCAGUGCCCUUCAGGCAUAAUCUUUCAUUGUCACCGAGCUGUUUUAGCUGCUUGCAGCAAUUAUUUUAAGGCAAUGUUCACAGCUGACAUGAAAGAAAAAUUUAAAAAUAAAAUAAAACUCUCUGGCAUCCAUCAUGAUAUUCUGGAAGGCCUUGUCAAUUAUGCGUACACUUCUCAAAUUGAAAUAACUAAAAGAAAUGUUCAAAGCCUGCUUGAAGCAGCGGAUCUACUACAGUUCCUUUCAGUAAAGAAGGCGUGUGAGCAGUUCUUGGUAAGACACCUGGAUAUUGAUAAUUGUAUCGGAAUGCACUCCUUCGCAGAAUUUCAUGUGUGUCCAGAGCUAGAGAAAGAAUCUCGAAGAAUUCUGUGUUCAAGAUUUAAGGAAGUAUGGCAACAAGAAGAGUUUCUGGAAAUCAGCCUGGAGAAGUUUCUCUUUAUCUUGUCCAGAAAGAAUCUCAGCGUUUGGAAAGAAGAAGCUAUCAUAGAGCCAGUGAUUAAGUGGACUGCUCAUGAUGUAGAAAAUCGAAUCGAAUGCCUGUACAAUCUGCUAAGCUAUGUCAACAUAGAUAUAGAUCCAAUGUAUUUAAAAACAGCAUUAGGCCUUCAAAGAAGCUGCUUACUAACAGAAAACAAGAUACGCUCUCUAAUAUACAAUGCCUUGAAUCCUGUGCAUAAAGAGAUUUCCCAGAGGUCCACAGCCACAAUGUAUAUCAUUGGAGGCUACUACUGGCAUCCUUUAUCAGAGGUUCACAUAUGGGAUCCUUUGACAAAUGUUUGGAUUCAAGGAGCCGAAAUACCUGAUUACACCAGAGAGAGCUAUGGUGUUACAUGUUUAGGACCCAACAUUUAUGUAACUGGAGGCUACAGGACGGAUAACAUAGAAGCUCUUGACACAGUGUGGAUCUAUAACAGUGAAAGUGAUGAGUGGAUGGAAGGUUUGCCAAUGCUCAAUGCCAGGUAUUACCACUGUGCAGUCACCUUGGGUGGCUGUGUCUACGCCCUUGGUGGUUACAGGAAAGGGGCUCCGGCAGAAGAGGCUGAGUUCUAUGAUCCACUGAAAGAGAAAUGGAUUCCUAUUGCAAACAUGAUCAAAGGUGUGGGAAAUGCUACCGCCUGUGUCUUGCAUGAAGUUAUCUACGUCAUCGGCGGCCACUGUGGCUACAGAGGAAGCUGCACCUACGACAAGGUCCAGAGCUACAAUUCGGAUAUCAAUGAAUGGAGCCUCAUCACCUCCAGUCCACACCCAGAAUAUGGAUUGUGCUCAGUGCCGUUUGAAAAUAAGCUCUAUCUCGUUGGGGGACAAACUACAAUCGCAGAGUGCUAUGACCAGGAGCAAAAUGAAUGGAGAGAGAUAGCACCCAUGAUGGAGAGGAGGAUGGAGUGUGGCGCGGUCAUCAUGAAUGGGUGCAUCUACGUCACUGGAGGAUACUCCUACUCCAAGGGAACCUACCUUCAGAGUAUUGAGAAGUACGACCCGGACCUCAAUAAGUGGGAAAUAGUGGGUAAUCUUCCAAGUGCCAUGCGGUCCCAUGGUUGUGUUUGUGUGUAUAAUGUCUGAUUGGAUCCAGA